AUGGACCUGACAGUUAAUGUAUUUGGCGAACAACAAACUUUGAGCGGCUUGACGGAAAACACGACUUGUGAGGAGGUUAUUUAUACGCUGGCUCACUCUAUUGGAAGGCCCGGUCGCUAUGUGUUACUUGAAAAACAGGACCGAGAGUCCCGCCCUCUCCUCCCCUCGGAUCGUCUCAUCCACGUUCUCGGCAAUUUGAAGGACCAAAAGAAAGACAUCUCAUUUCACCUCGAGCGCAUCGAGAACAACGAGAACAUCACAGGGAUGCCAGCUGCCGCUCCUCCAUUACCGCACACCGUCUCCGAGUCUCGCUUCUACGGCCGAAUGCCCCCCAUCAGUAAUACAGCACAAAAAGCCUUCCCAAUGAGUGGCCCAAGCACGGCAAGCUUACCCGCAUAUCCGGGUGUUAUCAUGAGACCGGGAUCUUCCCUGGGAGCCAUCCACAAUCGCGCCCCACCACCAGACUAUGCCCAUGUCAUGGAGAAACGUUUCAACUCCCUCUCGCGCAACACCCCAGUCAACCGGCCGCCGCUCACAAAUGCGUGCUUUGAACCGAUGCAUCCGUCGACAGCUAGUAUGCCAUAUGAAGAGUUGGAACGGUUGAUUGAGGCGAAUAACGUCAUCCUAGAACAACAGCGACGACGAAUUUACCAGCUUGACCUUGACGCCCAAGAAGACAGCCGGGAAUUAAUGCAAUUGGAGAGACAAAGAGAAAACCUCGAAGAGGUGCUCCGCCCCUUACGCGAAGCCAAUUGGCCCCAACGGUACGAUGCUGCCUAUACCAACGCUAUCAGAUUAAAAUCCGCCAUCGAAAGGACGAAGGGCGCCAUAAAGGAUAUUCAAAGGGACAUUGAAGUGAAGAUGCGUGAAGAAGCCCAGCUCCAACAGCAACUUUUUGAGGGAAUGCGCCUAGAAGACUUGCCCGCAAAUCAGCCGGCACAGACAAUUCAUCAAGGGAUGAAAGCUUUC